UGGAUUUCGGGUCGAACCCGCAUUUAAGGCUGGUGACCCGCAUCAAUACGCCGACCAAACUCUCUAUCAUACGCUGUGAUUCCUUUCCCAGUCGUAUAAGGAAACGCAAACCCCCACCUCCUUUUCUUUAUUUCCUCUCCGUUGACAGGCGGAGCUCCAUUCGCCUCCCUUUCAAAACCCUAACCCUAAUUUUUCUAUUCAUUUUGCCCUCGUCCCUUUUUUCCUAAGGGGGAGGGAAAAAAAAAAGACUCCCACAUAAAGCAUCGCCAUGGCCGAUCCUCGACUGUACCCCUCGAACGCCGACGAUUCAAGCGGCCAGCAACGCCUCUAUAACCCCUACCAAGACCUCCAGAUCCCUUACCGUCAAAUCUACGAUCUCCCAACCUCCCCCGAGUUCCUCUUUCAAGAGGAGUCUGUCGCCCAGCGCCGAUCUUGGGGCGAAAACCUGACCUACUACACCGGCAUCGGGUAUCUCACCGGCGCCGUCUCCGGGGCCUCCGUCGGAUUCUACCAAGGACUCAAAUCUGCCGAGAAAGGCGACACCUUGAAGCUCCGGAUCAAUCGAAUCCUCAACUCCGGCGGCCAUGAGGGCCGAAAGUUCGGAAACAAGCUUGGGGUUAUUGGGCUGCUUUACGCUGGGAUGGAGAGCGGGAUGGUUGCGGCUAGGGAUACUGACGACUGGGUCAAUAGCGUCGUUGCUGGGCUCGGGAUUAGGGCUGCCAAUGGGCCGAGGUCGGCGGCGGUGGCGGGGGCUAUUGGAGGGCUGAUGGUGGGGGCUAUGGUUGGAGGGAAGCAGGUGCUGAAGAGAUACGUGCCCAUCUGAAAGAAAAGCUUGUACUUUCUUCUUCUUCUUUCCUUGUUGCUAGAGGUCAGCUAUAUAAUUUCUUGGUCGGUUAUGAAGUUUUGAGGAGUUUUGUUUAAUGAUUUAUAUACGUAUCUGUGGAAUGACCGGAUGGUCAUGAAAGGAUUUUGGAAAUAACCUAAAAGUGACAAUUUCUGUGGGGUUGUCAUGCCAUUCUUGGUUCAAAGUUUGCAGCUUUAACCUAUAUUCAUGUUGUUGCAAUAUUUUUAUUCAAAAUUUAAGCAUUCCAGAGCAUUACGUUUUUC